AUGCACCAAUCAAUCCCUCCUGACGAGGGAGAUGGAGCUGAUGAUGGCAGUGACGGCAGCAUUAGGCCUGGAUUUCACCCUGGCAAAACUUCCGAAAGACUCAAUCAAAUCGACCUAGUUCGAGCCAACGGGGUUGGCGAUCAUGUUGCCUUGCCACAGCUUGCCGUUUGUGGCGACCAAUCAGCAGGCAAAAGCUCCGUUCUUGAGGGUAUCAGCGGAUAUCCUUUUCCUCGCAAAGAUGGGUUCUGUACUCAGUUUCCCACGGAGAUCGUCCUUCCUAGCCUUUUGCCGAGCGCAUCUCGCUCACAUGAGGAGAAAGAACGAUUUGCCACUUUUCAACGCGGCUUUGUGGACUUCAGCGAAUUACCCAAAAUAAUUCAUGAUGCUUCUCGUCUGAUGGGAGUCCGUGGCUUCAGCGACUCCGCUGAUGCCCUUGCUUUUGCUGCAGACGUUCUCAGACUGGAGUUGGUCGGCAGUACAGGUCUUCAUCUGACAUUGGUUGAUCAUCCCGGCUUGAUCUCCGUAUCUGAGGAUGAGGAAGACGUUUCACUCGUUCAAGGGCUUGUCGAUUCUUACAUGGAGAGCUCGCGCACUAUAAUACUUGCUGUGAUCCCAGCAAGUAGUGACGCAGAAACGCAGAAAAUCAUUCAGAGGGCACGUCAUUUCGACAAAGAGGGUGUCAGGACUAUAGGGAUCAUCACAAAGCCCGACCUUAUCAACGAUGACACAGAAGAGCGAGUCGCACGACUAGCCAAAAACCAAGAUCGCAUGAAGUUGAACCUCGGCUUCUUUCUUCUCAAUAAAUCCUUCUCCGAAUGA